AUCAAUUCUCCAUGUUCCAUAGAUGGGUCGAUCCGUAUGACCUCCGUUGAGGUGCCAAAGGGCAGGUCAAACUGUUGCCUCCCAUGCCGAGAUCGACAUAUCAAAUGCAUCACCAUUAGCAAUGAGGAUAGUUGUGUGAAUUGCAUUUCUCACAGCUUCACUUGCAUCAAGGAUUCAAUACAAUUCCGGCAUGGUGACAAUCCCAGCGUGGCGCCCGCUCGAGGGACUGGUAAACGUCAGCAGGAAUUUGAUCAGGGGCAAGUAUGGGUAAAACCUGCGAAGAAUCUACACUGGAUAGACGACACUCAAGAGCUACGAACGACCUACGGUCAUGAAGAUGAUGCUUGGACGGCUUCAACUCGUCCUGAUGCGGAAAAUCUACGCCAGAGACUUGCCGCUGAAGUGUCAAGCGCAGGGCGCGAUAGACCUGCCACUUCUCAUGCAGUGAUAUCACCUCUUCCUCAGUCGACAUUGCAGUCACCUGCUACAUCUUCGAGGGCCUCAGCUGGUCCGGCAGAAGUUCGAGAGUACUCAUCUAGAGGUGGACUUAGGUCAUCUGAAUGGACUCGGUCUCCGCCAAACUCUGACACCAAGCCUUCGUCAAUUGCGAGUUCUUACCUCAUUAUAGGACCCAAUACCGAUUCGUCAAGCUUCUCUCGUUGGUCGUUGCAAUCUGCACAAGAGGCUUAUCUCAUGCAACACUAUGUCCAAGUCAUUGGUAAGUUCAUGGAUGUGCUUGACCCAGACCGGCAUUUUACUUUCGUUUUGCCUUACCGGGCGGCGAGUUGCCCAACACUUCAACAAGCUAUCUUUGCGCUUUCGGCGCGGCAUCUGAGUCGCAUCGGUGAUUUUGAUCCCUAUGUGUCCGACGGGUACUCACGGAAGGUGCUCGAUGCAAUCUCUCCAAUGGUCCGAGAAUCAAAUGCGAUCAACGACGUCGACCUGUUAUGUGCGACGGUCGUCCUCAGAUUGCUAGAAGAGCUUGAUGUUUCACUCACGGGAUACGACAACGAACGCCAACUCAAGGGCGUACAGCUUCUCAUGAAUGCACAGAUGAGCGCUGCCAUCGCGAACGGGGGUCUACACCAAGCCGCCAUAUGCAUUGCGUUGCAUCAAGAAGUGACUGCAGCACUCAUGGCCCAACGUCCGACCGCACCAUUCUUAGAUCUCGAUAGCGCUUUCGACCGUUCAUUUGCACCUGCAGACGAUCGCACAUGGGCUUUCCGUAUAAUCUUGCAUUGUAUGGACAUUCUAGCCUUUUGCUACGGCAAUGAUACCCAGGAUAAGGUACAAAGCCAAGGUGAAUGGAACCGACAUAUGGAGUACGCGAAGAAAUGGGACGCCCUUCAACCAACGCACUUCAAGCCCAUGUACGAGGAGAAACCACCGCCGGACAGCCCAUUUCCAUUGAUCUACUUCCACCGCCCCAUCCAAAUUAUGAGCGCCAUGCAUUUACACGUCUGCCUCAUCCUCCUCGUGUCACACGACCCGUCCCUGCAGACUGGCUACCCAUCCGCCGGUGGUGGCAUCCACAACCUCCGACGAGCAGCACAAGCACUCAAGGAAGUCGAUGAACGUGUACGUUAUCAUGUACGAGCAAUAUGCGGGAUAGCGCUGUGUAAUAUGCACCUUGCAUCUGCAAUGAUAAUGUCUACGGCAAUCGUGAAGCUGUGCGGCGAACAUUUCAUCGGUGAAGGACUCCAACGGGAGCAAGAUUCCAUUUUAGAAAUGUUGGAGUUACACGAGAACAAACAUGGAUGGCCAACACAGUUGGUACAGAAUUACCUGAAGAGUAUUUGGGGGUGUAAUGGUGCGAAGAGAUGAGCAGCUUUGGGAAUCACUUACCAAAAUAUGAGGUCUCCAACAUGGAAAACUCAUUCCAGAAGUUCCUACCUACUUCGAGCUAAGACCUGUUACUAGAAGUAGGGCAUAAUCUGGUGCAUUGGGUACGAUAUAUCUGAGGCGAUUAACAGUGAACAACUGCGUACAUGUACGUUUCGGGGGCAAAUUUUGAGGUAUUGAACGCGAAUUAUUCACUUCCUGCGCUUCCCCCUACAUGAUAUUAUGUUCCUUAUGGGUAAAAUAGCACUGUAUAGGCUGGAUAAGGGUAACAGUAACCAUGGUUGUCGGGAGCCGAAAAUCCUUAUAUAGCAGGACUAUACAAGGUAUCAUUUAGUGCCUCAAUCACGAAUGACACAGUUGGUGGGCUAAAUAUACCCGAGAUUGGUGUCGCGUCCUCGCCAUAGAAUGCUAUGUAUGCUCCUUUGGAUAUGAACAAUUCAGGUUCGUUACACACAUGAGAUUUGUACAAGAUCAAGC